CACGGCCUGGAAAUCCGCCUAAACACCCCCAAAGGCCGCGGCGUCUUCGCAACUCGUCCGAUACCCGCUUACACCCUCAUCGACAUCUCAAACGUCUUGAUCCUCCCGCCGUCUGAUGUCGAGGAACAUGUACGACACACGUUGUUGGAUCAUUAUACGUACACGUGGCAAUAUGAGGGGAGGCCUUCGCAGGCUGUGGUGUUGGGGUUGGGGAGUAUGUUCAACCACCACCGGAACCCAAACGUAGGCUGGACCCGUGAUGUGGAGCAGAUGUGCGUUAGGUAUCAGACAUUGAGGGAGAUUGAGAUCGGCGAGGAACUGUGUAUCUCGUAUGGGAGUAAGCUGUGGUUUGUCGAUACUGACGCCCUUGCCGCUGAGAAUGACGGCGGUGAUGAUGAGGGGUUUCUGGGUAAUAUCGAA